GUUUGUUAUUUUCCACGACCUUAGACUUUAUCUUCCCCAUGGUUAACACUUUUCGUAAUAAUAAACACGCGAGACGUGCACUAAAAGUUUUGCGGCAUAAUUGUUUUGAUUUAAAUAAUAAAAUACAUAUAAUCAAAUAUUGUUGUUAAUAUGGAGUGUAUAACGAAAAAAGUUGGUUUUAUUGGUGGAGGAAAUAUGGCGAGAGCUUUAGCAACUUGUUUCAUCGAUAAAGGAGUUAUUAGUGCAGAAAACAUUUGGGUUUCAAGUCGGACAGAAAUUACUUUGGAAACAUGGAACUCAUUGGGUGUUAAUACAACACUUAAUAAUGUCGAACUAAUAAAAAAGGUUGACGUUGUAUUUCUUACAAUAAAACCACAAGUUUUGGAUGCUGCCCUAAAUGAUUUAGAUCAAUUAAGAGGAUGUCAUAUAAAUAAAGUUUUUGUUUCUGUUCUUGCUGGAACUCCAAUAGCUACAUUAAAAAGUAAACUUGAGCUUCUCACAACGAAUCCACGAAUUGUACGAGCUAUGCCUAAUACACCAGUUACACUUGGCGAAGGAAUAAUUGUAUACUGUUCGGAGGGGACAAUUCCCGAGGAUGAUGAGAUAGUAAAAAGAUUAUUUUCUUGUACUGGACUAAUAGAAAUAGUUCCAGAGUCAUUAAUAAAUGCAUAUAGUGCUCUUUGCGGAUCAGCUCCAGCUUUUGCAUACCUUAUGAUUGAAGCUCUUUCUGAUGGAGCAGUAAAAAUGGGUGUCCCUCGAGCACAAGCAACAAAAUUUGCAUCUCAAGUGUUGGUUGGUGCGGGAAAAAUGGUUUUGCAAACGAAGAAACAUCCAGGACAAUUGAAAGAUGAAGUUUGCUCUCCCGGUGGAACUACAAUAUGCGGAAUGCAUGAACUGGAAAAACAAUCUGUUAGAGCAUCAGUAAUAAACGCUAUUGAAGCUACAGUGAAGAAAGCUGAUUCUCUGUUACCGAAAUAAGAGUAUUAAAUAGAAAGGACUUGACUCUUUUUAAAAUGUUCCUUCUUGGCUGAAACAUUUCCAUUAGUUCAUAGAAUAUUAAAAACAAUAUUAGAACACUUAGUUCUUGUCAAUACUGUAUUUCAGUAUUUUACUUCAACUUCUUUUAAUCAGAAAACACAAAAAUCACUUUCCAAAAAAAUUUUUAGUAUAGAAUUUAAAAAAAAAGAGAAUUAAAAAAUAUGAAAAAACGUUUUACUGUUUAACGUGUAAAAUAAUUAUUUCAUUUUUAUCUUCUCCCCUAUAAUUGUAUAGGGUAUUUGUCAGAGAAAAAAAAAUAUAUUUUGCUAAUUAGAAUUGUUAGUUUUAAUAAAAAAUAUAUUUAAAAAAUGU